GUUUUCCAUGCGAACAGCUAAUCGUAUGCGGAAAGGGUUCAUGGACUCCGGAAAAAUUGAGGUAGUAGAGACACCGUACUACUCCAUAGGAACCAAUUCGCGCACUUGAAAAUGAAAAUGGCGGCAGAGGUGAGGUGGCCCUCAAUUGUUGUUACAAUAAUUUGUCUAACAGCUGUUUUCGCACAAAAUCCUCAUCAGAAAUUUGAGUAUAAAUAUUCGUUCAAACCUCCAUAUCUUGCACAAAAAGACGGGACGGUGCCUUUUUGGGAAUACGGUGGAAAUGCAAUUGCCAGUGCCGAAAACGUGAGAGUUGCCCCAUCCCUUCGUAGUCAGAAAGGAGCCAUAUGGACAAAGCAGCCGACAAAUUUUGACUGGUGGGAGGUCAAUAUUGUUUUUCGCGUAACUGGUCGCGGGAGAAUCGGCGCGGAUGGUUUAGCUUUUUGGUACACUACAGCAAAAGGAGCUUACGACGGUCCAGUUUUUGGUAGCUCAGAUCAAUGGAAUGGCCUGGGAUUAUUCUUUGACUCGUUUGACAACGACAAUAAACAUAAUAAUCCCUACAUUAUGGCUGUUCUUAACGAUGGUACCAAGCUUUUCGAUCAUGCAAAUGAUGGAACUACACAACUUUUGGCUGGUUGCUUACGCGAUUUUCGUAAUAAGCCGUUCCCGACUCGUGCCAAAAUUGAAUAUUACAAGAACACAUUGACUGUACUUUUCCAUAACGGGAUGACAAACAACGAGCAAGAUUUUGAGAUGUGUCUUCGUGCAGAGAACGUAAAUCUACCAAAGAACGGUCACUUUGGGGUGUCCGCUGCUACCGGUGGUCUGGCGGACGAUCAUGAUGUUCUACACUUCUUGACUACUUCUCUGCACCCACCUGGUCAGACGGCAGGUGACAGUGGUCGUAAAAUAUCGAGCGAAGAAGAACUCAAGCUUGGUCAGGAAUAUCAGGAUUACCAAAAGAAACUUGAGCAGCAAAAAGAAGAGUAUCGCAGAGAUCAUCCAGAUGAACAGGUUCCGAAGGAAGAAUUUGACGAAUGGUUCGAGACUGAUAACCAGCGAGAGUUGCGUCAAAUAUUUUCUGGCCAGAGCCAGAUGUUUGAUGCUCUGAGAGGACUGAACAAAAAAUUAGACGAGGUCGUCGGUAGACAGGAGCAAACUUUGAGCUUAAUAGGGCAGCUCCAAGUUGGUGGAAUACAAGCUGCGAGUGGUGGACAACCUGGCCAACCAAUACAGUUAAUUGACACUAUAAGACGGCAGGAAGUAGAUGCUGUCCUUAAUAAUCAAAAUGUUAUUCUUAACACUGCCAGAGAGAUCAAAUCAUUUGUUGGCGAAGUUCACUCCAAAGCUGACACUAUCUUGAACAAUCAGGCACGCGCUCCAACGGCUCAGGUUCAGCCAAUGGGAUACGAUUACCAGUCACUGAUCUCAGAGAUGCGAGACGGUCUAAAUACGGUCAAAAGGGACAUCGAGCAAACUCAUGUCAAACUGGACAUGGGUAACAAGGAUUGCCGAACGGGGAAUUGUCUGUCGACAACGCUGUUCUUUAUCUUCUUUGCAGUACAGUUGGUGAUUUUGCUAGGAUAUAACAUUUACAGGGACAGUAAAGAUGCACAGGCGAAGAAAUUUUACUAAAUCUGCGCAAGUUAGGGGGUUCCUUGCUACACAAUUCAUUGUAAUUACGUUACGAUUCUCACGUUAUAAGUAUCAUGUACCUGUAAUAAGACUUGAUCUGUAGGUGCAACAUUCUCACAUCAGCUAUUACCGAUCAAAUAUACCUAUAGUAAAAGUAGGAAGAAAAUAGUGAGAAUUGAUUACGUCGCAAAUGUCAUAUUAUACGAUGCAUGUACGAUCGUUUUAAACGGAGAGUGACUUCGAGAUUCUUAGCUUCUUCUUCACCUCACUCUUAAAAAAAGGCUUUCAAAAUCUGAUUUGAGUAAGGUGAUGGAGAAAAACAAAUCAGUGAAAAACCGAAAUAAAAUAACGUUCUCGUAUCGGGUAAAUUGAGAUCAGAUAUUAAUUAUAGUAAUAAUAACAUGUUAUCGAAAGAAACUUAAUGAGAAUUGUAUCUGUUAAAUAAAACAACUUUUUUCUAAUUA